CCCCGCUGGAAGCGCGCCUGCCCGCGCGGCCCAGCUCCCCAGGGCCUUUGUGUGUGAGCGGCCCGGCGACCGCAGGCCCGGGGCAGCCCCGCCGCGGCAGACAAGACACGCCUCGACAGGCGAGUUCCCGGCCUCCUCUGGCCCGCAGCCAGCAGCCGCCUCCUCCGCGGUGGCCUCGGCCGCCCCGCCGGCCUAGCUCGUCCGAGCCUCGGAGCGCGACCUCGGCCCUCGGCGCGGUGGGGACGGGACCGAUGUGGCGCAUGCGUGGUGGCGCCAGCAGGCGAGGGGGCCGCGGCGGCGGAGGCAGCGGCGGGGCCGGCGGCGGGCAGGGCCGCCCGGGCCGGGGUCGUGGGGGCGGCGGCGGCGGCGGCGGCGUGGGCUGGCGAGGCCGUGCGGACGGCGCCCGGCCGCAGCUGGAGGAGCGCUUCGCCGACCUGGCGGCGAGCCACCUGGAGGCCCUCCGCGCGCGGGACGAGCGGGACCGGCAGAACGCGCGGCUGCGGGAGGAGAACGCCCGGCUGCGGCUGGAGAACCGGCGGCUCAAGCGCGAAAACCGCAGCCUCUUCCGUCAGGCCUUGCGGCUCCCCGGCGAGGGAGGCGACGGAGCGCCCGAGGAGGCGGCGAGAGCCACGCCGGGCCCCGAGGAGGCCGGCACGAACCGGACGGCGAGAGGCGGCAGCCCCGAUCCCGAGCCGGGCAGCCCCCGGGCGCUGAGGGCCCGCCUCGAGAAGCUGGAGGCCAUGUACCGCCGCGCGCUGCUGCAGCUGCACCUCGAGCAGCGGACGCCGCGCCCGCCCGCAGACCAGGAGGAGGCGUCUCCGCGCGAGCCCGAGCCCGGCCUUCCAGCCCCGGACCCGGAGCCCGCGGAACCCGGGCCGUAGCUGGAGGCCGCAGCCGGGAGGGGCGGGGCCCCACUCGGCCCCUCCUCCUCGGCUCACGGCCCCUCCCACCUCCGUACGCCACGCCCCGCGGGCCUGGCCUGCUGUGUGGGGCCUGGCACUUCCGGGAGCUGCGCGGAGGCGCUGCGCAUUGGGCCCCAGGAAGCUGAGAAGCAUGUGGGCCUUGGGAAUCCCCAAGAGUGUGGAGCACCUGCCUCUUGCACCAGCGGGUUUCUACAUGGAGAGAGGCCUAGCGACUGAGAGGCAAGAAGUGGCAUCUGGCAACACCUCCUGAUGCCUGAACUUUUGUGGGUUUGUGAGGACCUGUUGUAAUUUCCCCCUCUGUUUGGGUUCUUUGAGGGAUGAAUAAUGCAUUUUGGAGAUGGUUCUGUUUUGUUGUACAUUCUUCAAUCCCCUAAUGGCCUCCAGCCAUUAACUUUAACGUGGCCAACAUUCUGUUGUUUCUAUAAAUUGGUAUUACUUGGAUUUCUGAUAAAGCACACCCUUUUUAUUAAAAAGGUGUUAUUUAUAACUUAGGGACUCAGUCUGCUCCUGGCUCUAGUUCUUAUACAUCUAAUAUAUAUCGAUUUGUUUACCCUAGGAAUUUUUAAAGUAUCUACUUACAAGUGUUUUUUUGAAUUGGUAAAUAAAUCUGGUGCAUUAAAAAUAACCUAAAAGCAU